GUAGGAAACACCGGAUGUGACGCAGUUGGCGCGAAUGACAACAACAAAAGCUAACACUUCAAUUUCGUAAACCAAAUUUUCCUGAUGUCUUCCCGUGUACUAAUUAAGUAUUUUAAUAAAUAGGGGCGACUAACCUUUUGUGUAAGAUAUGAUGAGCACGUAUGGACUUUGAAUUAUUAUAUUAUAAGCUUUCAUUCCUGUCAGAGUUUUCACUGAAUCACUGACAGCGGGCCUGCAUCAAAUGUCCAACAUGUCCAAAGGAGAUCAGGCAGCAUUCAUUGUGAAGUUUGUGGAAAGUAAAGGACAAAAAUCAGAGUAUGCUACCAAAGCAUACGAGGCCAUUUUGGAGCUGCAGUCUGAGAAGCACUUAAAAACCAUUGAUGAAGAUGCUGUUUUACAAAUGGACCAGAAUGACAAGUCUCUGUUUGUCUUCAGCAGCUUCGCCACCCCCGCCUUUCUGCACUGUAAAAAGCUCGGCUGCCGAGUGGUGAGCCCGCUGGUGGUGUUGUACUGUCUGCAGCAGCAGCAUUGUGUCCCCAAGGCGGAGAAGCCCGUCUAUAACAUGGCCAUGGCUGACAUCACUAUUUCCUGCACAAGCCUGGAUAAAGCGAUGCGGACAGAGGUGAUGGAUCUGGUGGAACUCAUGGGUGGACGGGUCUAUCUUGACCUUAAUGUAUCUGUCACGCACCUGAUCGCGGGAGAGGUAGGCAGCAAGAAAUACCUGGUAGCUGCCAGCCUGGGUAAACCCAUCCUGCUGCCCACUUGGGUCAAAGCCUGCUGGGAGAAAUCUCAGGACAGUCUUUUCACGUACACAGAUCUGCCCAUGGAGGACUACCUGUGCCCUGUGCUUCGUGGCUGUACCGUCUGUGUGACCGGCCUCUCCAGCACAGAGCGUAAAGAGGUGCAGCGCCUCUGUGAGCAGCACGGAGCCAACUACACGGGUCAGCUCAAAAUGAACGAGUGCACACACCUCAUAGUCAGCGAACCAACAGGUCAGAAGUACGAGUGUGCUCGUAAGUGGAAUGUGUAUUGCGUCUCUCUGCACUGGCUGUUUGACAGCAUAGAGAAAGGAUUUUGUCAAGAUGAGAGCAGAUACACCGUGGAGCGUAAUGCAGCGAAACAAACAAGGCCACACACGUCAACGCCUACUGGAACGAGCAAGAAAGAGGAUGGGCCUUCUCUGUUGGGCUUGAGUCACAUCUCUGUUAACGCUAGCAUGACAAUAAAUGACACAGCCCUUACCAACGGCACCAUCAGUCGCCUGGAAGCUCCAGACCCCAUAGACAGCCUGGACCUCACCGUCUGCCCGGCUGAAGAUAUACUGGACGGCUGUAAGCUGUAUCUGUGCGGCCUGCCGGGAAAGAAGCUGGAGAAACUGCGGCGUCUCGUGAACGCAGCAGGAGGUCUGCGCUUCAACCAGCCCAGUGAGGAGCUCACGCAUGUGGUCAUGGGAGAGCUGGACCUGGAACUGAAGAACUUUCUCUCAAAGGCAACACAUAGACCUCAUGUAGUAACAGUGCAGUGGCUGCUGGACAGUUUCAACAAAGGAAGUCUACUCCCAGAAGAGGGUUACCUCCACCCUGACUGUCUGCCUCCAGCCGUUUCCGUCCCCGCCCGUCACACCCCCACCCCUCGACUCUCAGCUGCUCCCCCUGCAGCCAGUCCCAGCACUCCCCUGCUGAAGAGGACGGAUGAAGAUCUGCUCUCACAGUACAUGGAUGACGACGACCCUACAGUCGGCAAGUCUCUGUUAUUGAAGAAUCAUCUAGCACCAGAGGCUGAAUCCAUCCUGCAGGAGGCCAGCGAGGCAGGCCUGUUUUUCGGGAAGUGUUUUCUUCUUGUGGGCUUCGCUGCUGACGCUGAGGCCCAGCUUUCUGUGCUGGUGACGGACAAUGGAGGCAGGGUGCUGAUGGGCCGCACGCGGGUUGUGGCUGACUAUGCGGUGGUCCCACUGCUGGGCUGUUCUGUAGAAGCCACUGUGGACGAAGUGGUCACUGAUACCUGGCUGGCCAUGUGUGCGGAGAAGGAGUGUGUUCUGCAGCUCUCCUCCAACCCUCUGUUCUCUCCCGUUCCUGUGAUGGACGGACGUUUUCCUCUCACAGAUUGCGUGCUCUCCGUCAGUCAGUUCACGGGAGCAGAGAGGGAGUCCCUGGUGGAGCUGGCCAAGCACCUCGGUGCAAAUGUCCAGGAUUACUUUGUGCGCCUGGCCAACCAGAAGAAAGGCAUGCUGGCCAGCAGUCACCUGGUGCUGCAGAGCCCUGAAGGCACAAAGUACCAGGCGGCGAAGAAAUGGGGUCUCCCAGCCGUCACCAUGCACUGGAUACUGGCGUCAGCUCGGAGCGGCCAGAGGGCAGAAGAGGGGCGCUUUCUAGUUGACCUGCCACCUUCACCGGAGAGGGACGACGAGAGUUUUGUCGGCGGUUCCCAGAAGCCAUCCAUGCCUCCUCCAGCCCGUUUGUCUCCAGAGAUCCCCCUGCUGGGUUUUCAGAGCGGUAAGGCCGUUACCCCACUGGAUGUCAGUCGCUUCCGGAGCAAAAUGUUCAAGUCCAUGAUGGACGAGAGGAAGCCCAAAGAGGACAUCAGCACCCCCAAACAAAACCAGGAGAGCAGCAGAAGGAACCCUCUGCAGAAGGAGCCCCCGCUGCAGCUGGACACUCCCUCUCGGUUCCUCAGCAGAGAUCAGCUCUUCAGGCCCUCCUUCAAUGUCAAGGAUGCACUCAGAGAACUGGAGACUCCAGAGGGAAGAGCCAAACCAGGAGAGAAGGCGGAGACCCCUCUCACCGAGGUCAUCAACAGGAACAUGAAGGUGGCCCUGGCCAACAGCAGCAGAAACAGCAUCAUAGAUAUGCAAGCUGUCUCUGCCAGCCCCCAGCUUACCAAGACCACUGAGAAGGAGGUCCCUGAAAAAGAAGCCGCUCCUCUGGCUGGUGUUGUGAUCUGUGUGGGAAAGAAGCUGAGCAAGAUGCAGAGUGAACUCAAUGCUGUUGCUGCCUCGCUGGGAGCUGACUUCAGGUGGGCUUGUGACGACACAGUGACACACUACAUUUACCAGGGCCGUGUGGGAGACAACACCCGGGAAUACAGAGGAGUGAAGGAGAGAGGGCUGCAUGUGGUCUCCCAGCACUGGCUGCAGGCUUGUGCCGAGGAGCAGAGACGUGUUCCUGAGUCCCUCUAUCCUUUCACCUUCAACCCAAAGAUGAGUCUCAACCUCAGCCAGGUGCCCAACUGCUCGCAGAGGUCGCCACCUUUGACGCGAACACAGCUCAAAGAGAUAGCCGAGGCGAAGGAGGACAAGUGUGAUCAAAGUGUGAACCCAGAAGAGACCACCACUUUACGCCGAGUAAGUGACGAAAGCGUAGAUGAAGAAGAUUUGCAUGAUGCUGCAGAUAAAAGCGGUAUUUCAGAGACUCUAGAGAUGAGAGAGAACCUGCAAAGACAGCUCCAGGAGAUCAUGUCAGCCACGAAGCUAACGACGGGACGCCGCACCUCGGUCAGACUCUGCAGGAUAGGAUCAGGAGGGGCCGACUCGGGCCCCCACACACCUGACGCGAGCCGGGUUGGACGCAGUGGGAACAGGCGAACUCUGGAAGCCCUGAGGGUCACCAGAGAAGCCGCCAUGGACAUGAACACAGAGCCGUCUCAGAGUGAACAGAUCGUUUGGGACGACCCCACAGCCAGACAGGAGAGGGCUAAGCUGGCGGAUAAUUUACAGUGGCCUGGCAGUCCCUCACAGAACUCUGAGCCCCUCGCUCCUGCGCCGCCUCCCACUGCGGAGAAAAAUGGCGCUCAUUUCAGGGACUCCAUGACGGACUCUGAGCUGGUGGAGAUGGCUGCUUGUGAUGUCAUCGAGCAGCAAAUGGGGCGGAAGGUACGAACGCCUCCGACAGACAGGCGAGGAAAUGCCAUCCUGACUCCUGAGGCGCCCAGCAUCGCUUUCCCACUCACCAAGCCCCCAGUAGCUCCAGGACCACAGGACGAAAAGCGUGAGGAAGAAAAGCAGCCCCCCAGAUUCCAGCUGUCCUCCCUCAGCCCUCAGGAGCGCAUUGAUUACAGCCACCUCAUCGAGGAGCUCGGGGGCGUGGUCCUUGACAAGCAGUCUUUUGACCCCACUUGUUCCCACAUCGUCGUCGGGACUCCUCUGCGCAACGAGAAGUAUCUGGCAGCGAUGGCGGCCGGCAAAUGGAUCCUGCACCGCUCAUACCUGGAGGCCUGCCGCUCUGUGGGUCGCUACAUCCAGGAGGACGAGUACGAGUGGGGCAGUAGCUCCAUCCUGGAUGCGUUGCCCUCCAUCACCUCUCAGCAGAGGAGACUAGCUUCAGCUGCUAUGCGCUGGAGAAAAUCCCUGCAGGGACGCUCUGAGCAAGAAGGAGCUUUCAGUGGAUGGACAGUCAUGCUGAACAUUGACCAGAGCAGAGAGUCAGGCUUCAGGCGCUUACUGCAGUCUGGCGGUGCUAAGGUCCUGCCGGGUCCCUCGCCGUCUUUGUACAAGGAGGCCACUCACCUGUUUGCAGACUUCAGUCGGCUGAAGCCUGGAGACUUCAGAGUCGGCAUAUCAGAGGCGUCUUCCCACGGAGUCAUGUGCCUGAAGCCAGAGUACAUCGCAGACUACCUCAUGCAGGAGCCGACCCCCCCUAUCGAGCUGUACCACCUGACCGAAGCUCCGCCUGACGACCCUCCAGGCACGCCGUCACGUAAGCGUAAAGCGGCCGCAGACGACUCCAGGCUGAAAAAGACACGUCUGAACUGAAAUGUCGACACUAAGAUCCUCCCGUUUAAACUCCAAAUGUCUGUGAAAGUAAUUGUAAAUAAUAUAUUGCUUUUUUUUUUAUGGCUUGAAAAUAAAAUAAAUGUAGCGCUUGUUUUGUCA